AAACACCACACCAGUGCACCUUCCUUUUCUCUCUCUUCCUGCAACCUCACCACAGGCUAAAGAGUGCGGUCCAACUCCGAGUCCUGAACUGAAACCUGUACUCUUUCCCGGCUGGUAUUUCUCCAGGGGGCUCAGAUUUCAGAGCCAGUUCUUACCAUAGCCCUCAGUCAAAAGCUGCUGACCGCUGGACAGAACAGGACUCCAGGAGUUUUCUCUUUAACAUCUUAACCCUGAAAAAUCUAACACCCAAGUAGUUUCUGUUGCAGAAUGAACAUGGAGAAACAUAAUUCAUCUUUGGUGGUAGAACCAUCUUACGCAGAUUUGGUCAUCAACGCAGGAAAAGUAACUUUUGGUGAAGGGAACAGAAACAAGCUGCAGAAAACUCAGAGAGACCAAGAGAAGGAGAAAGUUUCACAGGCUGCCUGUGCUUUACUAAAUUCAGGAGGAGGAGUGGUUCUGAUGGAAAUGGCAAACAGCGAUGAGCAUCCUGUGGAGCUGGGACUGGAUUUAGAAAAGUCUUUGAGAACACUUAUUCAGUCUUCAGAUUUGCAGACUUUCUUUGAGACCAAGCAAGAAGGGAGGCAUUUUUACCUUUUCGUUAAAUCUUGGAGACCUGACCCUUCCUCUGCAGACGAUGCCAUCAAACCCCGCAUUUGCAGUCUGGGUACUUCGUUAUACCAUAGAUCUGGCACCUCUGUGCUUCCCAUGAAACCAAGAGAGGCACGUAAUUUUCUGAAAAAGAAGGAAAAAGAUGCAAAAACUUUUGAGAAUGGACCUUCUAACAAUAUUCUCAUGGAGUCAGAGGAAAAUUUCCAUAACUUGACUCCUGAUGAACAAACCUUCCAAAGAAAAGAGCUUCAUCGUGGUGAAAUCCUGCCUUUUCCUGAGUCUCAUUCUGUAGAGUUCAAACAGUUCUCUACAAAACACAUCCAACAAUACGUUAGAAACAUAAUUCCACAGUACAUCUCUGCAUUUGCAAACACUGGAAAUGGCUAUCUUUUUAUUGGAGUGGAUGAUAAGAGCAAGAAAGUUCUGGGAUGUGCUAAGGAAAAUUUGGACUGUAACUCUUUGAGAAAGAUAAUAGAGGAUGCAAUAAACAAACUACCUUGUGUCCAUUUUUGCCAAUCCCAACGCCAAAUAACUUUCACAGUCAAAUUCUUGGAUGUGUUAGAGAAAGGAAAGUUCUAUGGCUAUGUUUGUGCCAUCAAAGUGCAGCAGUUCUGCUGCGCAGUGUUCUCGGAAGCUCCCAAAUCGUGGUUGGUGAGAGGCGGGCAAGUCUGCAGACUGACCACUGAGGAAUGGGUAGACAUGGUGAUGGACACAGACCCAGAUCUUGAACGCUUCUCUGAAGACUUCGAGUCUCAACUGAGUCUGUCUAGUGGGCCUCCUCUCAGCAGACCAGUGUACUCCAAGAAAGGCCUAGAACAUAAGAAAGAUCUCCAGCAACUUUUAUUUCCAGUGCCGUCGGAAGGUUUGCAAUAUAAACCUGAAUCCCUGUGGCUGGAACUAUCCUCAGAGCAUGAAGGUCUGAAGAAAUUAAUUAAUGAGCAAAUACAUCCUCUCUCCCAGGGAAUUUUGAUCUUUUCUAGAAGCUGGGCAGUGGACCUGAACUUGCCAGAGAAGCCGGAAGUCAUCUGUGAUGCUCUGCUGGUGACCCAGAACAGCGCCCCCAUUCUCUAUACCGUUCUCACGAAGCAGGAUGCAGGCGGGCAGCUGUACUGCACCCGCACAGCCUUUACUUUGAAGCAGAAGCUGGUGAACACGGGUGGCUACACCGGGAAGCUGUAUGUUGUGCCCAGGGUCCUCCAGCUGAGUCCUGAGAACAAUCCAGACCCCUCUGAAGGGUCAGGCUCUCUAAUUGACUACCCUCAGUCCUAUAACCUUGCAGACACCCAGCAAAUGGAAACCUUGCUGCAGUCCCUGGUGAUUGUCUUACUCGGCUUCACAUCUUUCCUGAGUGACCAGGUCGGCUGUGAGAUUUUAAAUCUGCUGACAGCCCAACAGUAUAAGAUCAUCUCAAAAAACCUUCACAAGACCAGAGAAUUGUUUAUCCAUGGCUUACCCGGCACCGGGAAGACCAUCAUAGCCAUGAAGAUUAUGGAGAAGAUCAAGAAUAUGUUUCAUUGUGAGGAAAAUGAAAUUCUCUAUGUUUGUGAGAACCAACCUUUGAGGGACUUUAUCGGUAAUAAAAGUAUCUGCUAUGCGGUGACCCGGAAAACCUUCAUGAGAACUGUCUUCAAAAAUAUUAAACACAUCGUCAUCGAUGAAGCUCAGAAUUUCCGCCUUGAAGAUAAGGACUGGUAUGAGAAGGCGAAAACCAUCACUCAGACAGGAAAAGAUAAUCUGGGAAUUCUCUGGAUCUUUCUAGACUACUUUCAGACCAGUCACAUUGUUAAGAGUGGCCUCCCUCAUUUCCAAAACCAGUAUCCAAGAGAAGAGCUCACUAGAGUGGUCCGCAAUGCAGAUCCGAUAGCCAACUACCUACAGAAAAUAAUGAAGGAGGUCAGAGAAAAUCCACCAUCUAACAUCCCCACUGAGUCCUUGAAGAUGUUCCAAGAAGCUGAAUGGGUUCAGGGUGUGCCAGGUGAGUGUAAGAUUAUAAAGCGCUUGAACUUGGAUCAAGCGGUGGCGUAUAUAGCACAGAAAUGCCAGUUUUUCUUGAAGCAAGGUUAUUCCUGCAAGGAUAUUGCUGUGCUCUGCAGCACAGCAAGUGAUAUAGAAAAAUACAAACCUAAGCUUCAAACAGCAAUGAGGGUGACAAAAAGUUCUGAGUCCAAUGAGGAAACUGAUUUAAUACAGCUCAGAAAUGCGUCCGAUGUCAUGGACAAUCACAUCGUGUUGGACAGUAUCCGUCGAUUUUCAGGCCUGGAGAGAAACAUCGUGUUCGGAAUCAAUCCACGGGCAGCUGAGCCAGCUGUUUUCUACAAUCUUCUGCUCUGUCUGGCUUCCAGGGCCAGGAAACACCUGUAUAUUCUGAUGCUAACCUAAGGAGAGCUGAUGGAGACAAAAUAUUCUCUCUGUCAUAGUUUCAGAAAAGGAAUAACUUGUCUGCAUCGUACAAGCAUUAUUUCUAACAAUGGACCCUUGUAAGAAAACUGGCUUCAGAGUUGUUGCUAUGUCCUGUAAAACGAACUUCUAAAAAGCAUAAUUCUGAUUGAUUCUAUCAACUGGUACUUUUUUGCUUUGCUAUUCAUAUUUAGAUUAACAUUCAAUUGUUUUAAAUUAAAAAGUAAGUUUUGUUUGCUAAUCCAGAGGGGAAUUGUUGAUAUUUCUUUCUUUGUCCGCACUUGGAACAGCAGUAAAACAUACAACUGUGCACAUUUGUUUUUAUAAAGUGUCCAAGAAUCUGUGGCCCCUUAAGUUUAACAAAGGGUAAUGUGAAUCGGACCAUUAACCUGAUUUUAAUCUGUAUAGCCCUGCUGUGUCCAACUUUGAGCUUCUUAGGUUGACUCAACAAGCCCCAGGUGGAGGUCCCUGAGUGGAGUGAUGGGAGAUUAAGAAAAACACAACACAAUACAGGUUAAGGAAGGGCGGUGGCCAGGUGGGGCAUUGUCCUUGGAUGGAGAGACAGUGACCCUGAACAUGGGCUCCGAGUUUAUUUUGUAGGGGUCAGUGACAUAAAAAGCUCAAGGAAGUUUCACAGACUUAGGGAGAUGCUACGGGCACAGACUGUUCCGUUCCCAGGCUGUCUAAACAAUAAAUACGUCUUCUGCAAAAGUUACAGUCGCAUUCAGCUGAAGCUUGCUAUUUAUUCCUGUAAAGACCAAU